AUGUUCAACAACAGCAACAACAGAAUCAUCAUCAUCAACAACAACAAUAAUAAUAAUAAUGACAACAUCAACUACAAAAGCACGAGAAAUAUUUCUACAAUUUCGGAUGACAACAACAUCAACAGCAACAACAACAAUAACAUCAACAACAUCAACAUUAACAACAAAAACAACAACAUCAACAGCAACAACAUCAACAUUAACAACAACAAAAUCAACGUCAACAACAACAAAAACAACAACAUCAACAACAACAUCAACAACAAAAACAAGAUCAACAAUAAUUACUAUUAUCACGGCUGCAGUGUCAAUGAUCACAUCAACCACAAAAAUGACGUCACAGCCACCAUAAACUACAACCACAACGCCAUUGUCCCAACAAAUUUAGCGACAAUAGCUGCACAAAAUGACAACAACAACAACACAUUCACCUCGCUACCGACGCUGGCACACAAAAUAUGCAACAAAAACAUUAACGCUAACUUCACUGACAACACCGACAACAUCAUUAACAACAGCCUCAACAGUCACAUUAACAAUCACCUCAACAUCAACAACACAUCUAGCAUCAACAAUGACGUCAUCCCUACCAAGAACCGAAAUAACUACAGCAAAAACACCAACUACCUCAACGUCACCACAGAUGACCACAAUCUGACCACAGCGUCCACAACAACAUCCACCACACCACCACAACCACAGCUGACCACAGCGUCCACCAGAGCAUGCAUCACACCACCACCACCACUGCUGACCACAGCGUCCACCAGAGCAUCCACCACACCACCACCACCACAGAUGAACACAGCGUCCACCAGAGCAUCCACCCACACCCCCACCACAACUGAUCACAGCGUCCAAAACAAUAUCCACCACACCACCAAAACCACAGCUGACCACAGCGUCCACCGGAGCAUACCCCACACCACCACCACAGCUGACCACAGCGUCCACCAGAGCAUCCACUACACCACCACCACCACCACCACAGCAAACCACAGCGUCCACCAGAGCAUCCAUCACACCACCACCACCAUCACCAAAGAUGACCACAACGACUCGAACGCUAACAACAACAACACCAUCAGCGCGUCAACUGCAGCCAACAACAACCUCACUGCAAACAUGACGUCAACGGACAGCCAGACGAACAUUCCAUGCUGCUACAUCAUGGUCGGCUUGAACGUCUUCUUUGGUGCACUGGCAAUCAUCUUCAUCUUCAGAAUUCUGUCGAGAUAUCUCUGUGGCUGGUCGUGA